GGGGGCUGGCCCCUCCCUGGGAAUCAUAUAUAGUUCUUCCUCAGGCUGAUUCAAUCAAAGCUGUGGGAGCCGGAGCUUUGCUACAUUCUUAGCCAGUCGGGCAGAGUAUUUAUACAUAGCACGAGAUGAGAGAGCUGGGGAGGACAAUGACUUGCCAGUGCAGCCUGCGGCAUCGCCCCCUGGGCAUUCACUCACACGUAGCCGAGGCAGAGCUGCCCAGCAGAUCGGCCAUUAUGGAGAUGGAGACAGUUCCAGUGCAGGAAACCAGUAUAUCAGGGUUUUUCGAUCUCCCUAAGAGUGUUCAAGACACAAACAAUAUAAUUGCAAAGAGCUCAAGCGCAGACUUGAUCAAGAAGCUGAAAUCCCCAGAACCUACACAGAGAGAACGCCAAAGAGAUUUGAUGUUGGAGGCAUCAAGUGAGGCUGAAAAAUCCACAAAUUUGGAAAAGGAGUCUGGUACAGAGAAACCAUUGGCAUCAACAACAAAUGAGAUAGAACAGCAAGAGAUUGAAGUAGAUAUUUACCAGGCAGAUGCUGAUUUAGAUAAUCUGAGCACGGAAAAAGAAGCAAAAAUCCAAUACCUGGUAGAAGGUGGAAGAAAAGGAGAAGAUGUUGAUCCAGAAACUGAAGAAGACAGAGUUAUAAAAAAUUCAUUAGAUGCACCAGACAAGGACACAGGCCACACUGGUAUAAGAGAAAAUGAACAUCAAGAAGACAACUUGGAAAAGAUCUUGGAUUCGGCACCUGAGGACAUUACAGAAUCAGAAAUGGUUGUUGAUGGAAGUCAGGAAGAGAAGAACUGUGAUGCAGAGAUGCAACUUCAUUCAGAAGCUGAGAACAUCAAGAACAUUCCAGAUGAAAAUGAAAAGAAAGCUCAAACAGUAGAGGACUUAAACCAGCAAAAACCUGCAAUAAAUGGAAGAUGUCAAGAAGACAACUUGGAAGAGGUCUUGGGUUUGGUACCUGAGGACAUUAAAGAAUUAGAUAUGGUUGUUGAUGGAAGUCAGGAAGAGAAGAACUAUGAUACAGAGAUGCAACUUCAUUCAGAAGCUGAGGACACCAAGAACAUUCCAGAUGAAAAUGAAAAGAAAGCUCAAAGAGCAGAGGACCUAAAACAGCAAAACUGUGCAAUAGAUGGAAGAUGUCAAGAAGACAACUUGGAAGAGGUCUUUGGUUUGGCACCUGAGGACAUUACAGAAUCAGAAAUGGUUGUUGAUGGAAGUCAGGAAGAGAAGAAAUAUGAUACAGAGAUGCAACUUCAUUCAGAAGCUGAGGACACCAAGAACAUUCCAGAUGAAAAUGAAAAGAAAGCUCAAAGAGCAGAGGACCUAAAACAGCAAAACUGUGCAAUAGAUGGAAGAUGUCAAGAAGACAACUUGGAAGAGGUCUUGGGUUUAGCAGCGGAAGACAUUAAAGAAUCAGAAAUGGUUGUUGAUGGAGGCCAUCAGGAUGAGAACUAUGAUGCCCAAAUGCUGCUCUCAGAAGUUGAGGGAACCAAGCAAAUCCUAAACGUAACUGAAGAGAAAGUUCAAAUGCGAAACUCGGAUUCAGACAAAACGUUGGUCACUCCAGGAGAGGACAUAGACCAGCAAGACCAGGACAUUGGUGGACGUUACGAAGAGAAAACUUAUUCAGAGAAAUUUUCUGGCACAGGUUGUGAGAACCUGCACCGUCUAGUUACUGAGGAAGUUGAAAAACAUAAAGGGAAUCGAGUUCUUGUAGCAAAUGCAAAAAAUCAAAAGAGAAAUAAUCCAAAAAACAAGUCAUCUAAAGGCAUAAAACGUCAAGACGCAGCUGAUAACAAAGGCAGCAAAUCUGAUUCAGAAAAACUGCUGUGUUUGACUGCCAAGAACCCAAAAUAUCCAACCGUUGUACCAAGUGCAAUUCAUCGUGUGAUAACUGCUCUGAAGGUGUUUACAAGUGGAUAUUUAAUGCUGUGGUUUUGGUGUAACUUCUUUUCCUCAAAUGCAGAAGCGUUCCCUAUACGUUCCAUCUGGCAGACGUACUGGGUCAAUGGCACCAAUCUGUUUGCUCAGAACCUGAUGAUCCACAAUGGGGUGACUUUCAUCCAUCUCAUAUUCACCAACAUCCCCCAAGUCAAGAAUUGUUCUGAUUCAUUUUGUGCUGCUUUAUUGAGCAACACAUCUCUGCUGUUCGCAGUGAGGGAACCGCCAGUGACACCAUGGUUCCUGGAGUAUGGAUCCUGUGCAGAAUGUCGGGGGAAGAGUGACCACUUCAUUCCUGGAGGGCAAUUUACUGAUCUAGAAACUAUAAUGGAAAAGGUACUGAAGUUUACCAGCCAAGCUGCGAUCAGUUCCUUGGCGCCUCUCCACUCGACUGAUACCCCGGCAGCUCCUGGGGCUGGCACGCUUCACUGGAUAAUAGCACUGACUGCAGUGAUUUUCUUUGCGACGCCCGCUAUCUACUGUAUUCUUAUAAAAAGAUUCUGUGUCAGGACCCAACCCAACAUACAGAAUGUGCCGGCACCAACAAGUAAAAUGGUGGAUGGCAGAGAAGAAUCUCCUUUGGAUCCCGGAGAGUCUCUGGAGCUGAACCUCAGCAGAAACCUAACUGAUCUCCUUACAACAAAUAACACUUAAAUGUCUUAAAUGGACCCCGGAGACUAAGAGAGACUAGUGCUUAGCCUAACCCAGUGGCUCUAAUGCUUUCCCUGCUUAUUCUCUGCCUUAUAAUUCUAUAUGAAAUGGUUUCUGACAACAGGUGACAGUAGCCAUGGCCCCUUGGUGCCUUGUUUCCAGAGCUGAACAGCAGGGGGAGUGUUCCCUUUGGACUAGUGGGGACCAGACUGAGCAGGGGGUGGGCCCCGCCGUGGAGGUGGAAGGGCAGCCCCCCUAUAUAAUGGCACUGCUGCAUAGAAAAGGGAUAGGAAGCGGCCAACCCAAGCCCAAUGUGGCUGCCGUCUGUACCCCUAAUCAGAACUAUGAUACACAGACAGCAGCCCUUAUAGAUCCAGGGUUGGACUGGGCCAAUGGGGCAUUGGGAAAAAACCUGCCUGCCCAGACCUGAUCCCCAACGGAGAUCCCCAGGCUCCCUCCCCUGACGCACAGAAAGUACGUUUUUUGGAACAAAAGAGUUCAUGACGUUUGAACCAGUUUCCCUGGAAUUAGUCAGUGGGAUGGGGGGGGGAUUAACACCAUUAAAAAGCUUUCUGGCUCUAUUCUUUUUAAUAGGAAUUUUCACCAAAGGAAAAUGUGCCUAACGACCUGGAUGUCUGCAGUUUUUUUAAUGCUUUUAUGAUAACUACUUUUUUAAUAUGCGGCCAUAAUAUCAUCACUAUAUGUCUAUAUAUAAACUGCUUGCAAUGUGCUUAGUACGCAAUAAAUUCAAUAUGAAAAUCA